AUGUCAACUAUCGAAAACCUCAAAACCUUUGACCCCUUCGCGGAGGCCGACGACGACGCUGGGGCAGCCCAGAAGAAACAAGGCCAGGAUUAUAUCCACAUCCGAAUCCAGCAGCGAAAUGGUCGUAAGACUUUGACCACAGUCCAAGGUCUGCCGAAAAAGUUUGAUCAGAAGAAGAUCCUCAAGGUGAUCAAGAAGAAAUUUGCCUGCAAUGGUACCAUCGUAGCCGAUAGUGAGAUGGGAGAAGUUAUUCAACUUCAAGGCGAUCAACGUAAAGAUGUUCAGGAAUUCCUGGUCGCCAAAGACGGCCUUGAAUUGGACGCCAAAACCAUCAAGGUCCACGGUUUCUAG